CGCAUCCGGUCGAGCAACUUCCGGAAGCUUGGCUCUCGUCUCGAAAGCCUGCAUUGCGAGCGCGCCGCAUGGUCUCCGUGCGCAUGGUCGAGGUUCUUUAUUCUGUGUGGUUGAUAUUAAUCGCUUGCGCCUCUCAGCACUGCGGCUGACGUACAUGUCCAGCGAAUAUUUUAGAGGACUGGACAACGCUGCACAGCAUCGCUACUAAGACAAGCUGUCCUUCGAAGGCCAACUGCUGCCGGACCCGUUGAGAUGUCGUGCAAUUUUUUUUUUCGUCAAGCCCGAGAAACUUUCCGCCUGUCACAGCAGCGGAUAUUUUCAUGUAUCUAGUGGAGGGCGUUUGCUUCUACACAAAAGAACAGUUCAAGAACCACAAAAUGAGUGACGCUUACAAUGCAUUCCUGAGUGGGAAAGUUAAGCGUGUAAUGGCCGUUCAAGGCAGGCAAGCGCAGAGUCGGCGUCAUCCUCUUAACUGCAUCUGUGGAGCCCAGCCAGCUGCUCUCGAAAACAUACCGACCGUGGUGCGUCGUCAAAGACGACGGCUCUGUUGUAAGCGCUCACUGCACGUGCAUAGCAGGGCAGCACCAGUCAGCGAAAUAAACUUUUUCAAGGCAAAGCCUGGACAACAAGUUCCUGAACCUGCCCCGAGGCAACAAGGGUCUAUUCCAACAUGGAACUUUGAUCAAAUGCACAGCUUCUUGGAACACGUCAAGACAUUCGCCCCCAGCACACUUGUGUUGAGUUGCGUGACAGACAGUGAAGUACGGAUUCUUCUCCCGAGACUGCUGCAGAAGAAAGGAAGUCCAACCACCAGCACUGUUCAUCGCAAUCAGCAAUAGAUGACAUUUACAGGAAUAUUGACCUGAAUACUGCAAAGAAUGUUCAGCUCAGUAAUGAAUGCUGUGAAGAAAUUGAGCAGUCAACCCGUGGGCAAUCACGGACAUUUAGAUGGACCCACGAACGCAAAGGUAGAAUAACGGCCUCAGUUUUACAUCGUGUGCUAGUUUGUCGAAGUGGCGUUAAUGGCAUUGUGGCUGA